AAUGGAGCGUGGUUUUCAUGAUGGCAGGUGUGUCAUUCAUAUGUUUUGAUUUUUUACAUAAAUAAUUACGUUAUAAAAAUAUCAAAUGUUUGAUACUCUUUGUAAAAAAAUAGUAAAUACAGUAGUGACCGUGUGAGUGUAAUGUGUAUGUGACGCAGCUGGAGCAGUGGAAUGCGCGGCGCGGAAUAUGCUAGAUGGUAGUGGAGGGACGCGGGUGCAGUAAGAUGCCUUGCGAGAGCUGCGCGGUGCAGUUCAGCAUGUUCAAGCGCAAGCGGGCGUGCUGCGAGUGCGAGCGCUACUACUGCAGCAGCUGCCUGCGGCGCGGCGGCGGCGCCAUGUGCGCGCCCUGCCGGGUGCUGUCCACCCGUCCGCUCACGCGCCAGGCCAUAGCCCACCUGAAAGUGCGCGACCUGCAGUGCUUCCUGCAGCGGCAGAACGUCUCCACCCGCGGCUGCGUCGAGAAGGAGGAGCUGCUGAGCCUGUGCGUGUCGCACGUGAACAGCGCGGCGUACCGGCGGCGAGGCUCGCGAGCCGGCGCCAGCCCCUUCAGCUCGCUCAAGGGGCUCACCAGCAACAUCAACGACUUCAUCAACUCCGCCUUCGACAUCCGCAACGGGCCGCACCCCGCGCCGCCGCCGCCCGCCCGCGGCUGUGCUAGCAAUUGUUUCAACUCUGCUCACGUGCACAAUAACCAGAACAACGAUGCUCCAGCCAACCGGCCGAACCCUUAUUCCGAACGAUUUACAACCACGCCAGGAGGUGAGGCGGACAUCCGCGUGGGCGUGCCGGAGCCGGCGUCGUCUGUGUCGCGCAGCGCGUCCGCCAGCAGCGCGCGCGUCGACACGGCCGACUGCUUCGAGAUAGAGGACCUCGACGACACCGGCUGGGAGUUCGUCAACCGCCCCGCCGAACCGCUGCCUAAUGACUCUGACGUGCUGCUGAGCACGUCGGGCAGCUUCGUGCGUCGCGCGUCGCUGCAGCGCGCCGCGUCCGAGCUGGACGUGCGCCGCGACGCCGCGCCGCCGCCCGCGCCGCCCGACCACGACACCGCCAGCCUCGGCGACGCGCCGCUCAUGGACCACGACAACGAUGCAGACCAAGGAACCCCGAAGCACAUCAGCCUAGAGCAGUUCAAGCGCGUGUCGGAGCUGGAGACGCUGAACGUGAAGCAGCUGAAGGAGCUGCUGGUGCGCAACCGCGUGGAGUACCGCGGCUGCCUCGAGCGCAAGGACCUGCUCGAGCGCGCCAAGACGCUCUGGCGGAACCACCACCAGUACAACGACGACAUCGACAACCUGCCGGUGUCGGAGUGCUGCAAGAUCUGCAUGGCGGCGCCGCUGGAGUGCGUGCUGCUGGAGUGCGGGCACAUCGCGGCGUGCACGGCGUGCGCCAAGCAGCUGGCCGAGUGCCCCAUCUGCCGCCAGUACGUCGUGCGCGCCGUGCGCUUCUUCCGCUCCUAGGCGCCGCCGCUGUAAGCCUCUUCAAUAUCAUAGCAUAUUCCAAUAUUAGUGUAGUGGUGCUCUGCCACUCCGAGUCAUCCAGGUGAUCUGUGAGUGCUAUUUUGUAUCGGUAACGGCGUCAGGUCCUCGUUACUUCCACGUAGAGCAGCUCGCUCGGGCGGCAGUGCUUGUUGACGAGAGUGCUGACGUAGGUAGCUAGUUGCUUGCGAUCGACAAUACUGCUCCGUGACCUCCCGUCACACAGUCUGCCAAAAGUACAGAACUGAUCAUGUAAAUAUUAAUAUGUUUAUAUUUUUAGCAGUUUUUAUAGAAAUCUAAACUGUUGUAAUAUUUAAACUGCAGCUGAUGUAAUAGCAAACAAAUAAUGAUCGUGAGCUCCUUGUGUACAUGUUAUUUAUUCAAUGUGAAGCCCCGAACAUACUGAAAAUCGUAACGUACGUGAUUGUUAAAUAAUAUUGUUCCUGCCUUAGAUGUCGCUUUCAUCUUUUCAAUUUCCAUAAUUUAAAAAAAAUCAAAGAUAGUCAAAUAUGCAUCAUUUUAGAUUACUCCGAAAUAAAACGAUUAUUAUUUUCAGUACGUUCAAAUAGUUAGGUAUAUUUAUAAUAAAAUUAUAUCAUUGGUUUUAGAGUUAGCUCAAAAUUUAUGUUCGACACUCUGCCGCAGUCGGCUGCUUGACUUCCUAAGAUCGAAACAACAUAAUAUUUCUUCUGUAAUAUUAGCAUAACCACAGGAGGCCACAUCGUAAAAGCAUCGUGUGGUCUCAACGUUAGUGAGAACUUUGGAGCUAGGUACACAAAAAACUGAACCUUACUUUUAUAAAUUACUUGUUACCCGAAAACCCGUCAAAUCGUGCAGCCGACUGUAGCCGCGGCACAAUUAUUUAUUAUGAAAUUGUUGUUAGUAUGCUAGCAAACGCGGGCUGUGUAAUUGCUCUAGAGUGGUAUUGAUUUAAAGUUAGCUGACGAGAACGUCUCCAGGCCGCGGCAUCACGUGUGACGUGUGAGAGUGCCGGCCGCCUCGGGGGACGCCCGUCAGGUCACUUGUUCGAACAAACACAUAAAGAUCUCGCUCUUUAUGUGAUAUACUAUAAAUUGUUCAUUUAAAGAACAAUUAACAUCGUUUGAACGCAUUGUCAAUAGGAGUUUAUAAAUGUACCACUUAAAAUUGUUGUUUAUAAUUUUAUAAUUGAGUAAAAUUGGAUUGUAUUAUAUUAUUCAAAAUUAUAAUUGUAUAACCUUAAAGGUUGAAGAUGAAAUUGUAUCAGCUUGCAUGGCGCUGCACGACUGAGUUCAAUAAUGUAUUAUUUACGUAUAUGUAUUGUAUAUUUAAGUCUAUCGUAGAAAUGUUUAGCAGCGUCACCCAUGCGGAAAAUCUUAAUCAUCUGUAAAAUAAUAUGUAUUAGAGGCGUUUGUGGAAAACGUCACAAAUUGUAUAGUUUACACCCGAGAGCGGUGAAUACAAAUAGUGUCGUGUUGUUGCCGGCGGCGCUGAGCUCAGUUGUUCGCCGCGGCUCGCCCGACAUGUAUAUAAUAUUACUUUAUUUUUGUAUGUGCGCGUGCGCCGCGGCUCGCUCGUGCGGUACACCGCACUCCGCACUGUACAACGCGCCGCAAUCAUGCUACAUCCUUACAAUAUAAAUGUGGGUAACACAAACAUGUGACUCACAGAAAUUAGUACUCUGAUGAAUUUCACUCAGUAGGGAUUUGAUGAUUUUCUCGUGGAAUUGAACAGACGCGAAGGAGAACAGGGUAUAGAAAAAUAUAAAUUAGGAGCCUCAUUUUUAUUAGCUUAAAAGCAAUCAUAAUAGUUGUUUGCUUCGUUUUUGCUAAAUCGGUUUUUCUGACUUUUGAAAAAAGAAGGUUCCCAUUCGAAGGUUCUAUGCUUAUUUAGAUAGUGAUCAGUUGUGUAAUUAGUCUUUCUAAUACUACCUGAAUUUCCAUUAAAGGUAGUGUUAUUAAAAUUAUAUUUUAAUUAUUUAAGUCUAAGCAAACUAAUUCUAUAAAAUUAAUAUUUGAAAAUCAGUUAUAAUCAGCAACAUGAAGUGUAUGUGCGUUGUACCAUACGAACGAGCUAAUAUUCAUAUUAUUAUAAUUGAUAAAAACAUGUUCCGUGUAAAUAACGAAUAUUGCAAUCAUUUCAAUAAAGUUGUAUCACAUAGAUAAGUUGAAUACACGGUAAAGCCUUAAA